AUGCCGCAGCUGAAUAACACUGAUUCUAUCAAUAGUGAAGAUGAUGGGAAAAAUUACUCUCGUGGAUUCAGAAAGAAACAAAUUUCUGGUGAUGAUGCUAAAUUCAAGCUUGAUAUAACACGCGUGAGUGAACCUCUCCAGGGUUUGCUAGAUGUCAAUCGUGGCCAACUAUCAUCCCAGCCGGAUGAUUCCAUUGCUAAUUACAAUAAGACUUUGCGCCAACUCGGACGAGAGGUAAGCAUUCGCUCUCCAAUUCGGAGAGCCACCUCACAAGAUUAUUUUGGGGUUGCGGUACAGGGGGACUCGCCUAUCACUUAUGGAAGUACUAUUCCGAGUAGUCCCUCUUCUCAACUCCGUACUUCUAGUGCAUUAGAGGUUUCUCCAAGAACUUCCGCAAACCUCACAGGAUCAUCACCAAAUCAGGGAAAUCUCCCAAUAUUAGCCCGAAAUUACUAUGAUGACUUCACAAGUGUUGACUGGGUGAAAGAUUAUCUAUUUGACGUUCAACAACGGGAGUAUUUAUAUUCUUUAAAAGGACUAUCCGGGAAGUUGAGAAGAAUGUACAGCUUUCUCCAGGACUGGGUCCUGAUUGUCGUUACGGCCUUAAGCUGUGCACUACUAGCCUUCACAAUUGAUAAGUCGGAAGAAUUAUUGGUGGACUUGAAAAGAGGUUAUUGUAAAUCAAACUUUCUGCUCAAUGAGCAACAGUGCUGUAGCAGCUACACCUGUGCCACAUGGACUUUAUGGCCCCAGGUCUUUCCUUCCUUCCAGGGUGGUACAUUACGAGCCGACUUUACCAUAUACGUAAUACUCAGCUUACUACUUGCAUUUUUAUCCGCCAAGGUGACGCUAACCACAAAGUAUAUCAAUCCACUCGCAAAAAAGACUGACAAGAAGACUUUCAAGACUAUGUAUCACGCUUAUGGUAGUGGUGUGCCAGAAGUGAAAACUAUUUUGUCUGGAUUUAUCAUCCGGAAAUUCCUUGGAUCUUACACCCUCUUUUCUAAGACUAUGGCUCUGAUCCUCGCCAUUGCUUCAGGUCUUUCUGUGGGAAAGGAAGGGCCCUAUGUUCAUCUGGCCACAUGCGUUGGUAACAUAUUGAGCAGAUAUUUUGAGAAGUAUAAACAAAACGGCAUUGAGAGAAGGGUUGUAUUAUCCGCAUCAGCGGCCAUUGGGGUGACACUGGCGUUCGGAUCACCCUUAGGGGGGGUGAUGUUUUCUUUUGAGGAGGUCAGCUAUUUUCUCCCCGGUAAUCAAUUAUUCAAGACAUUCUUCGCCGCCAUUAUGGCUAAUCUUUUCCUCAGGUUAUUGGAUCCAUAUGGCACUGGAAAAGCUGUCUUAUUUGAAGUACAGUACAAUUCCGACUGGCAAACUACCGAGCUACUCCUUGCAGUUGUUAUAGGAGUCUCUGGGGGUAUUUUUGGUGCCUUUUUUUGCAAAUUCGUGUCAUUUUGGUCAAAUUGGUUCAGAAAUAGAAGCUUCGUCCGUGAUAGGCCUCUACGCGAGGUACUAAUAGUUACUACAAUAACGGCAUUUGUCACUUUUUCAAACACAUAUACCAACAUUUCUGUCGCUGAAUUACUAGCCAAUUUAGCGUCGCCGUGCUACUCUCCCGAUGACUUUACCGGAGCGUAUGGGCUUUGUCCCGUAGAUAAAAAUCGUUUUCCCAGCGAGAUAAUUCCACUCUCAAUCGCACUUGUCAUCAAGAUAAUUUUAACAAGUAUAACUUUUGGCAUUAAGGUACCAGCUGGCAUAUACGUACCCUCAAUGGUCAUAGGAGCUCUAUUUGGUAGAAUUUUUGCCAUGGCAUUUGAUUACGUGGCUAACAUGUACCCCGAAAUAUCCUUCUUUUCGCAUAUCUGCAAUAAGACGAAUACGGAUGGUGUUUGCAUUGACCUCGGAAUUUAUGCAAUGAUUUCAGCUGGUUCUUUUAUGGCAGGAAUUACCAGAAUGAAUUUGACACUUGCAGUCAUUAUCUUUGAACUGACCUCAUCAUACAACUAUGUGGUUCCUAUAUCAAUAGCAAUUGCCGUGUCGAAUAUGGUGGCUCAUGUUUUGGAGCCGCAGUCACUCUAUGGAAUGUUGAUAAGAAAAAAUGACUUUCCCUUCCUUGAUAAUCAUCAAAUCAGAAACUUCGGUGACCACGAAUUCGACGUGAGAGAUAUUGUAACGAAGGUUGGACGAGGAAGUGGUAGCGCCUUCAUAGAUCUUACCACUUCGUAUGAUUUCUCUUGCCUUAGAUUAAGGGAGAUGCUCAACGAUUUACAGAAAGGUGGACUGGUGGACGGGUGUCUGCCAAUUUUAAAAAAGGGACAAUUGGCAGGUAUACUACCCGCCCCAGAAUUGGAAUUAGCUCUAGAUAAAUUGGAGCGUUUUUGCGAAGCAUAUCGAUUAUCUGGAGAUUUUCGAGUUCAGCUAUUAGAUCCAGACGCCAUAUCUGGAAACAUGCAUGUCUUGGAUUCCCAUCUUCUCAGCAACAAUGAGAUGGCAGGUGAUAUUUUUCAUUCAGCUACUGACAAUGAAAAAGUUUCCCUACAAAAGAUGCUUGACGGCUUGUGUGAUUUUCGAAAGGUAGUGGAGCGGUCGCCACUGAUGCUGGAUGUGAAUUCUCCCUUAUCUCUGGUUGAACUGCUUUUCACUAAACUGGGCAACAGAUCCAUUUCAGUUCUUGAAGAGAAUGUAUUUAUCGGCUUAAUCCACAAGAAAAACUUCAUCGACCACUGUAGGGACAAGAAGAUAUUUUAA